UCACAGUGUCCAAGAAGAUAUUGUUUAUGAAUUUGAAGUUCAAAGGUGACACUGUUGCUGAAGUAAUUAAAAGUCGUCUAUCUAAGUGUAUUAAACUUUCUUUUCAUGCAGCUGACUUACAUUUAGUAUUUACUAACCGAUAUAUGAUUGGACAAUGUGUCAAGGAUAAACUACCGCUUAUGUCCACCUCUAUGUGUAUAUAUUCAUUCGAAUGCUUGUGUAAACAUGAUGACAUUGCAUGUUGUAAGCGUGUUCUCUGGAAACGCGUAGCUGAACACCAUCCGGUUUGGUUAAUGAAAGGCGAGUAUAGGACGACAAAAUCUUCAAUCUGUGAAUACCUUCUGGAGUCAGGUCAUUCAGCCGCUCCCACACACGUGAUUUGUCCUUUAAAAUCUACAGGACAAAAUCGAACCACUCCAAAAUCUUUCUUUUUCUCCACUUUUGCAUACCUGAAGCUCCAGAAACAUAUGUGUUCGAAAACGUCUUGUUCAACACCUUUCUUUACCUUGGACAUACUUAUAUUCUUUUAUUUUAUCAUAUGGUACAGCGUUGACAACGGUAUCAAUGAAAAGGAGUCACACUAACUCUUCGCUGAACGCCUCGUCCCUUAAGAUCAGCAAAAGGUGGACUGUUUUCAAGUGGCUUCCAUCAAGAGCUGAUAUCAGCGGGUGAGUGAGUGUGUGUGGAGGGGGGAGCAUCAGAGGACACAUCAACCAAACUGGUGGACACCAACAAAUGUAGCCUGAUAUGCUUCUUUUUAGUGACUAAAAUCAAUACAAUAAACACACACACAGCAGCUGAAUGGUCUACGAGCUCGCCUUGUAUAAUCGUCGGAAGGUCAUGCGUUCGAACUGUCCAAUAGUCAUCCUCAUCCUAUCCCUCCUCAGUAGUCUCUCAAUGGUUCUCUAACUGAUGUCAACUCGU